AUGGAGUUGGCGACCUCGUCCACUUCGUUGAGAGCCUCCAAUCGACACAUAAAGCGACAACGAACGAGUAGUCGGGAGAAACAUCAAACUGUGUCCUCAACAGGCCAAUCAACGAGUACCGACAAGAGGCCAGAGAAACAGGGAUCAGUUCUUAUGGAUAUAUCUGCAUCAGCAUUGAAGAGAAACCAGAAGGAGCCUUCUGUUGCUCCAUUUAAAACAAACAAGUCCAAAUCAAUGCUGUCGGCAACGUCCUUGCCGGAUCAAACUCAGCUAAAGCAUAACCAACAACAUCAGAGAUCAAGACAGAAAACAACUAGUGAAAAGGGUGUUGGAGGCGUACUCACAGCUAUUGACGAGAUUGAUAAUGGCCAAAAGAUACGAAAAACUAAGGAAUCUAGUGUGCCACAGGUUGAAGGAGCCAACAAUGCCAAGAAGAGGGAAUCUGUCGGGGGAAUCCUUUCUACUGCUAUACCUAAACCAGGUGAAAAGCUUCAGCAAUCUACAAAACAGAGGCUCGAGAAAAAGGUUUCGGGGAAAGGGAAAUAUCUUCGCAAUGACAAGGGGUACUCCCAUGCAAAGAUCAACCAGUCUCAAGUUAUCAAGCAAUCGACAAGAGUUGAAGGCACAGGGGACGAAACAUUGCAUUCGAACCGAACAAGAUCGAGAAAGAUCCAGGAACAGAACAAAGGGACCAAUAGCACGAAUCCUACCGGUCUGAUGGCGUUUGCUGGUUCUUUGGCUGCCUCUUCUGAACCAUCGGAUCCGCCGCGGAAAACCAACCCGGACUCAUUGAAAUCAACAUCCGACACAAAGACGGAUAUUGCUAUUCCUGCAAGCACCCAAAGGACAGUGGCGAGUUCAACAAAAGCUCAAGGGACGUCCGUGAUGGUCCCUUUUAGUUUGAAGUCUGCAACCAAUAUCAGUAUCGUGACGAAGCCAAAAAAGUACAAUGAUACCGUUAGUGGCAAUUCUCAACAUCGAACGGGAUCAAAAGGCACUGGCGCCCAAUACAACACAUGCUCGCUCGCAGCUCUCCCUCCUCCUCCACAACAAUCCGCUGCUGCCUCUCGAAAGCUCCGAAAUCAUUCAUCGAAGACGCCGCCACGUCGAGCCAAGAAGGGCGACAAUCCAAAAUCUCAAGUCGUUGCAAAAGUUGACGAAGACAAGUCAGCUAAAUCAGACCAUCCUUCUCAAAACAAAAGUCUCAAAGUAGCAUCCAAUGGCCCCGAAGAAAGGAAGAACAAAGUUAAGAGCACUAGACACCCUGCUCGUCAUCAAGCUCAGCGGCACCCAGCUAGAGACACAAAGAAGACGUCGCAUGAGAGUAUAUUAUCCGAACUGUCCGACGGAAAGGAUGAACCAAAAGCGGCAUUGCCAAAGCUGAAAAGGCCUGUUCAGAUCAUUGAACUGAGCAGCGAUUCGAGCAGUGAUGAUGAGGAUCUAAAGCAACCAAUGGGAAGGAAGCCAAAAGCAGUGAUCGAGCUAAGUAGUGAUUCGAGUGACAGUGAUGAGAUGUCCAGGCCCAUGUCCAGGCCGAAAGCUUCAUCUCAUCGCAGUCGUCGUCUCCGCCAACCGCCAGAGCGCUUCGCCGAUCAAUAUCACCAUCCCAAGGACGAAAGUAAACGCUUAGUUCACAGAGACGAUCAAGACCUAGGAAAACUCGACAAGAAAGUUGAACAGCUUGUAGACGUGGAGCUUGGCGGCAUCCUCGGAAUCCCUUUCGCUGAACGCACUAGCAUGAGACGCGGUCGAAGAAGUAGCGACCGCAAGAGCAUUAAACCUGCGCGCUUCGGGGGAGAAGUCAAUAGCGAGGAGACAAACGAGGCAGAAAAAGCUAGUUCCCCAUCCAGACCAAAUCAACCGAAGCAACAAUUGACUCGAAAGCGCCGACGAUCGAAGCGCAAACCAGACGCCGUCAUUGGCAAUAAUGAAAGUCUGAGUCUACGGCCCCGCAGACGCAGCAAGCGAUGUAAGAGCGGGGAAGAAAGUGAAGUCGAUCCUAUCUCCGUGGACGAGGAUACUGGUACCUUUGAUGAAGAUGUAGAUGAUACCUCAUCCGGCGAAACAGAAGAUCCAUUGUCAAUCGCUGAGUCGAAACAAAUUGACUUCAACCAUGUCUCUGCUUCGCUUCGAGAUGCUUGUUCCACAAAACGUCCAAUGAAAGUUUGCUACGACCAGGUUGAACUCGUAGAAAACAACGACGUUCUGGUGGAUGGUUGUUGGGGGAAAGCAGCUGUCUUCGCCCCGAUUCGGGAUCAAUGUACCUUCGAUGGACCCGUUGGCAACAACUCGACGGCGAGGCCGCUGCGGAGUGUGACAGCCGUGGACAAAGGAGUUUGCUGCUAUGACGAGCUCGAGGUCGCUUGUGGCAAGUCAUACAUUCGAAUGUUGGCAAACCUACCGCCUGUCAUCACACGGCUGGAAGAACAAGAGCAGUCUAAGACCGUACCUCGUCAAAAGAACAAACUGAUCAGUGCAGCUGAUCCUGUCCAUCAAGCGCAGCUUUUGGCAGUAGGCCUUCGGAAACGAGAUCACCGCCGACGGGCACCUCAAAACCCUCCCAAGGACGAUCAACCAGAAGCCGAGAUUGUUUGGAGCUCAAACGAUUUGGCAAUGCUGAAGCAAGCAUAUAAGCAAGCCAAUGCCAAGUCACCUUCGUUUUGGGAUGACGUCGCUUCGAUGGUAGAAGGCAAGACGGCAUCCAGCUGCAGAGAGAAGUGGUUUUCUUUGGCCAAUACUCCACCGCGGAAGACAGUUGCAGCAAGGAAGUGUAUCGUAUCCUCUUCUCCCGUAUCUGCCGAAGACGAGGACGAUCUUUUCAAUUCAACGCCAUUAAGAGGUUCCUUGACGACAGGCGACAAUCCCGAAAGCAGCUCAGAAAAAAAGGACAAGACGACUGCAAUCAGGGGUUUUCCUUCUUUCAACAUCGGGAGCCCGCUCAAGUUUGAAAAGAAGGUGUUAUCGCUUCCUUCUCUGUCUGACGACGAGGAUGAUCUAUCCAUGGUCGAUUUCCGUUUCAAGCCUGGUUACAAAACGUACAUCCGCGACAUGAAGAAGAAAGUCCGGCAAUCGCAGCAGCAACGCCAAAAGCCAAAAGGGAAGUCCAAGAAAAACUCACAGAUGGUUUCGGAACGAUUUGCUGAUGGUGAUGUUGAGAUGAGGGGGGACCUUUCGCCAGGAGGGACUUUGAGGGUGAAGAGUGUCUUCUCUGACGUCGAGGACGAUACUUUCUUUGACGGAAGUGAUGAUGAAGAGGAUGAAUCCAUGUGA